AUGGCACUGAAAGCAGGAAAGAAACCAGCAGAGAAGAAGCACGUCACCGCAAAGAAGCCAGUGGAGAGGGAGAAAGUAGUGGAGAAAGCUACGGCGGAGAAGAAACCCAAGGCCGGGAAAAAGCUACCGAAAGAAGCUGGUGGCGCGACAUACAAGAAUAAGAAGCGGACGAAGAAGAGCGUCAAGACUUACAAGAUCUACAUCUUCAAGGUGCUGAAGCAAGACAACCCAGAUAUCGGGAUCCCGGGCAAAGCCAUGGGAAUCAUGAACAGCUUCAUCAACGAUAUCUUCGAGAAGCUCACUCAGGAAUCGUCGAAGCUCGCUAGGUACAACAAGAAGCCGACGAUCACUUCUCGCGAGAUCCAGACUGCUGUUAGGCUUGUUCUUCCCGAUGAGCUUGCUAAGCAUGCCGGCUCUGAAGGAACCAAGGCUGUGACUAAGUUUACUAGAUCUUGA